GUUAAUGCAGUCACCAGACAUGGAGGCUAUAGCUGUAGUCCUUGUGCUUCUUACAAUAAACCUUCCAUCUGUCACAGUUGUACAAGCAUCUACAACAUGGCCAACUACUAUCGACUCCAUAUCAGUGCCACCUUCUACUGCAGGGCCAACUACUACUGACUCCAUAUCAGUGCCACCUUCUACUGCUGCAGAGACUACCACACCAUGGCUAACUACUACUGAGAUGGCUUUGAGGUUGGUAAAUGGAGAAGGACGAUGCGCUGGUCGUGUGGAAGUCUUCUAUGAUGGACAGUGGGGGACAGUAUGUGAUGAUAGCUGGGAUCUCAAGGAUGCACUGGUUGUAUGUCAGCAGCUAGGCUGUGGCACUGCAGUCACAUCCCAUUCCAAUGCUUUUUUUGGCCAAGGCCAAGGACCAAUCAUGAUGGAUGAUGUUGCCUGUAGAGGUGACGAAUAUUUUUUAUGGCAAUGCCCUCACCCAGGAAUUAAAAAACACAACUGUGGACACAAUGAAGAUGCUGGGGUCACCUGUUCAGGUGCAGAGAUUACCACACCUGCACAGACUACCACACCAUGGCCAACUCCUACUGCUGCACAGAGUACCACACAUGCACCGAGUACCACAUAUGCACCGAGUACCACAUAUGCACAGAGUACCACACAUGCACAGAGUACCACACCUGCACAGACUACCACAUAUGCACAGAGUACCACACAUGCACAGAGUACCACACCUGCACAGACUACCACAUAUGCACAGAGUACCACACCUGCACAGACUACCACACAGAUGGCUUUGAGGUUGGUAAAUGGAGGAAGACGAUGUGCUGGUCGUGUUGAAGUCUUCUAUGAUGGACAGUGGGGGACAGUGUGUGAUGAUAGCUGGGAUCUCAAGGAUGCACUGGUUGUAUGUCAGCAGCUAGGCUGUGGCACUGCAGUCACAUCCCAUUCCUCUGCAUUUUUUGGCCAAGGCCAAGGACCAAUCAUGAUGGAUGAUGUGGCCUGUAGAGGUGACGAAUAUUUUUUAUGGCAAUGUCCCCACCCAGGAAUGAAAAAUCACAACUGUGGACAUCAUGAAGAUGCAGGGGUCACCUGUUCAGUAAACUGCGGAGGUAUUUUUACAAAUUUAAAUGGAAAUAUCUCUAUGGAGUUUAAUGUUUCUACUGCAUCUGAUUCCUGUGUUUGGUACAUUAGUGUUCCCAACAAUUACAGAAUUCAUCUCAACUUUAAUACAUUCUUGUUGAAGAAUUCCAUGUCAUGUCAUUCUUCUUUAUUGUCGGUUUAUGAUGGAAGUCCACGUGGAUCACCAUUACUUGGACAACUGUGCAAGACAAGCACUCGCAAUUUCAUUUCUUCAUCAAACAGCUUAAGCAUCAUUUACUCCAGGAUUAAUGGAGGGCCAAGCUUGGAUUUCUCUGCUUCAUAUUAUGCUGACACGCCUAGCAACCAAAAUAUCAUUCUCUCAUGCUAUUCAGACUACAUGGAUGUGCGGAUAUCUCUUAGGUAUCUUCAAUCUCUGGGACAUAGUAUAAAUGAUAUUUAUCUAAAUGAUCCUGCAUGCCGCCCUCGGGUUAUGUCAGAAUGGUUGGAGUUUCACAUCCCCUAUCAGAGAUGUUUAACAAUGAUGCAGGUGGAAAAUGACACUUUCAGUUAUACCAACACCUUGUCCACCUACUCAUUAGACACUGAAGUCAUUUACAGGAAUAGAUUAAGUCAAACCCUGAAGUGUCGGAUUUAUCAACAUGCUGUAGUAGAAGGCUUGUACUUUGCUGAUGACACGACAAAGAACACAUUCAUUCAGUAUGGCCUUUACUCUGCCAUCCUGACAUUUUUUCAGUCUUCAAGUUUCAUAUAUCCAGUGAACCGUUAUCCAUUCUAUGUGGAGCUGAAUCAGGAUUUGUUCCUGCAAGCCACCUUAAACACAUCCAAUCCUGAUCUGAAGCUGUUUGUAGAAACAUGUGUGUCAUCUCCUAACAAGUUUGACUUUACAAGAAAUGUUUAUUUCAUCAUUCGCAAUGGGUGCAGCAGAGUUCCUGGUUAUACAAUGUAUGACUCCUCGUCAAACAACACAGUUCGCUUUGGAUUCAGUGCCUUCAGAUUUGUGAAACAUUCAUCUGUGUACAUUCAGUGCAAGCUCCUUAUCUGUAAGAAUGGUAGUGAACACUCCCGCUGCAAUCAAGGAUGUUUACCAAGAAUCAAGAGAGCAGCUGAACCGCUCCACCACCAGGAAGUGUUUGUUGUAGCAGGACCUGUAAAGCUCAAACAUCUCUCAAAAUAGUGUAUUCUAAAGAUUUCAUCUCUUCAUUAUCUUUUGUCUUUUAGUAAUUUUAUCUUGAUCUACAUAUAACAUUGGUUUAAUCAUUUCUUUCUAUGAAAUUCUUAGGCUUCUCUCCAUCAAAAAAAUUCAUAAUCAAAAUAAAUACGAUAAUGAAAUGGAGUCAAUAAAAUAUAUGCAUGAAUUAAAUGAUG